GGCUGAUGUGCCGAUGAUUCAUGUCAAGAGAAAAAAAAAAUAGAGAGAUGGAGAUUGCUACUACUAGUGCUAUCCCAGAGGAAGAGGAAGAGGAUGAGAAGAAGAAGAAGAAGAAGAAAGCCAAACCAAGAAGCAUGAUUAAAGUAAUCGCUAUCUGUGGCUCUCUUCGCAAAACAUCAAUGAAUCGAGGCCUCAUUCGCUCCGCGAUUGAGAUUUGUGAAGAAGGAAUUGAUGGAAUGAAGAUAGAGGAGGUGGAGAUUCAUCUUCUACCUUUCAUCAAUCCGGAUCUGGAAAUGGAAUCAGAGGUGAAGUUUCCUCCGGCGGUGGAGGCCUUUCGCCGGAGAGUUCAUGGAGCCGAUGCGUUUCUCUUUGCUUUCCCUGAAUACAAUUAUUCACUUCCAGCUCCAUUAAAGAAUGCAAUAGAUUGGGCAUCAAGACCACCAAAUGUGAUGGCCGGAAAAACAGCAGCCAUGGUCAGCGCCGCUGGCGGCUCCGGCGGGAACCGGUCACAGGCUCACUUACGGCAAAUUGGAGUAUUCCUGGAUCUCCACUUCAUUAAUAAACCAGAAAUGUUCAUCAAAGCUCACCAACCUCCAAAAAAGUUUGAUUCUCAUGGGAACUUGGUUGAUGCUCAUAUAAAGGAAAAUCUCAAGUCACUUCUCUUGUCUUUGCAGUCUUUCACUCUUCGUCUGCAUCCAAAAUUAUUGUCUUCUUCAUGAGCUUUAUUAAUUUCAAAAAUUGUUAUUUGUUUUACUUGGAUUGUUAUUUGGAUGAAAGGUACAAAUUGUAAGGGGAGGAACUCCUUUGAUUUAUAUAUUAUAGUAAUCUCAAAUUUGAAAGUUGUGAUUCGGUGAAA